CCCUGGGCUGUUCCGGAUGAGACGCCUCCCUCCCUCCGCCCCUCUGAUCCUCUUAUCAGCGAGUAAGCGGCCAAGAUGGAUGUUGUAAACCAGUUGGUGGCCCAAGGGCAGUUCACUAUACUCAAACAACCUCUGGGAUUUAUAAAAGUUCUACAAUGGAUCUUUGCCAUCUUCGCCUUCUCGACAUGUGGCAGCUACUCCGGCAUGUUCAAGAUGUCCGUGGAGUGUAAAAACCGGUCGGAGAGUGACCUAAGCAUGGAAGUAAAAUUUGAAUAUCCAUUCAGGCUCCAUCAGGUUUACUUUGAUGCCCCCACCUGUAAGGGAGAGAAGACCGAGCGUCUAUUCCUGGUCGGGGACUACUCCUCCUCAGCUGAGUUCUUCGUCACCAUCGGUGUCUUUUCCUUCCUCUACUCCAUGGCAGCCCUGUCUGCUUACUGUUUCCUUCUGGAGAAGUACCGCGAAAACAACAAAGGGCCUCAGAUUGACUUUAUCGUGACGGCUGUGUUCACCUUCUUUUGGCUGGUGUCUUCCUGUGCUUGGGCUAAAGGCCUGUCAGACGUGAAAACGGCCACCGAUCCAGAGAAGGUCAUAACUCUCAUCCCGGCCUGUGACGAACCAGAGACUCGCUGUAAGGAGCUCUACGACCCCAAGGUCUCCGGCCUGAACACCUCUGUGGCUUUUGGCUUCAUCAACCUGAUCCUGUGGAUAGGAAACCUCUGGUUCGUGUUCAAGGAGACCGGCUGGAUGACUGCCUUCGCUGGAACAUACGUCGCGUCGCAGGAGAAGCAGCCCGCCCCCGAUUCCUUCGCCCAGGGAGACUACGCUCAGCAGGACCCCUACGCCGGCUCCCAGGGAGGCUACCAGCCCGACUACGGCCAGCAGGGAGGCUACACCGAGGAAGGCGGCUACAGCCAGGGCUAUGAGCAGCAGCCCACCUCCUACUCUAAUCAAAUGUGAGCCUGUCCAGCCAAACCAGCGCUGCAGGAUGGUGACCUUGUGAUUUGGGAGUGUGGCUCUCGACCAUCGCCUGCAUUUCCACACUCCUCUGUGUGUCUGUUUGUGUAUCUGUGUGUUGACAGGCGGAGGGAGGGAGGCAUGGAGGGCACAACCUGGUGGGGCCUGGGGAGGGGAUCGCCAUCGCGGAGCAGGAUCACGGCCGUG